AUGGGGGUGGUGCUCAACGGAACGUGGGACUUAUCGUGGCGCGUCGUUACUAAAGGCGAUGACCUGUUGAACAUGACCAACUUUGGCUUUGAAGAAUUUCGAAGGAAAAGUUUAAAGAAGAAUAUACAUUUCAAAAGAAACACCAUUCACGUCAUCGAUGAAAAUCUUCCGCACGUCAUUCUGUUCAUAUUUGGAACCUUUCUAUUUGGAGCUGUGACCAGAACUUUGCUAAAGCGAAUAAAGCUUCCAUACACUGUAAUUGUUUGCAUGGCUGGUAUUGCUUUCGGAGCAUUAAGUGUCAAGUAUCCACAGGUUCGUCAAUACAGUGAAACUUUGGCAAACAUCAAUCCAUUGUUGCUUAUUCAUGCAUUCAUGCCAGUGUUGAUAUUCAGCAGUGCUUUUGAAAUUGAAUCUCAUAUAUUUUUGAAGUCAUUAUCACAGGUGGUAAUUUUGGCCGGUCCUGGUUUGAUCCUGAGUAGUGCGAUGAUUGCUCUUAUGGCUGUUAAAGUUUACACAUUCAACUGGGACUGGUACGUUGGCAUGAUGUUUGGGUCAAUUCUUGGCUGCACUGACCCUAUUACAGCCGUUGCUCUACUUAGAAAUCUAGGUGCAUCUAAAGCUCUUACUCUAAUAAUCGAAGGGGAAUCGUUGCUGAAUGAUGGCACCUCAAUUGUCGUGUUUGAAGUCUUUCGAGAUCUUUCUCUUGAUCCACAUAAUAUUGAUGCUACUGAACUUGCUAUAAGAUUGAUACUGAAGGUGCUUGUUAGUCCAAUAUUUGGAUACGCAAUGGCCAAAAUCACCAUGUUUUGCCUGUCCUAUAUUUUUAAUGAUGGUUUGACAGAGAUAACUAUGAGUUUGGCUAUCACAUACAUCACAUUCUUUGUUGGUGAAUGGGUUGGGACGUCAGGUGUAAUAGCUGUGACCUUUAUGGGGCUAUUUAUGGAUACAGUGAGUUUUAGCCCAGAGAUUGAGGUAUUUCUAUUGCGCUUCUGGGAAAUGCUAACAUAUCUGGGUAAUACUCUUAUCUUCAUGAUCGUUGGAGUGGUGAUAUCGCAGAGGUCAUUGGAAUAUAUGUCUAUCAGUGAUGGAUUUUUCAUCAUUGUGCUUUACUUUGGACUAAAUAUGAUACGACUGGUGCUUAUUGUUGGUUUAUCACCACUACUGUCACGCUUGGGCUAUGGUUUCAAUUGGAGCUGGGCGGCUGUGUGCAUCUGGAGUGGCACAAAAGGAGCUUUCACUUUGAGUUUGGCUCUGAUGGCUUAUCAGUUGGAAGGACUUGAUGAAGUGAACGUCAGAAACAAGAUACUGCUGCAUGUAUCAGGGACAGUGGUACUUUCACUUCUAAUCAAUGGUACCACAAUGGGAUGGAUCGUCAAUACUCUGGGUCUUAGUGAUAUUCCAGCCCCUAAACGGAUGGCUAUGUAUAGUGCACUUCAACGUAUCAGAGAAAGUGAGGCCAACACCUUUUCAUUGCUGAAAAUGGAUAGAUUCCUUGCAGAUGCAAACUGGGUAAUGGCAGAAAAAUUAGUACAAAUUGAAGACCCUUACAAGAGUCAGCAGAGAAAUGUUCAUGUUGACGAUCUUUUACAAAACACAAGAACAGCUCGUUGCCCAGACUGUGAGAAGAACAUACCAUGGGAACCUUCUCUUCGUGAGAUAGAUGACAUGAUGGAAGAAGCCAGGAUACGUGUUUUAAAAGCACAAAAGACCAGUUACUGGCGGCAGUAUAGUGCUGGAAUGCUUAAUCGCCAGGCAGCUCGGACAUUGAUUAGCAUCACUGAGAACAUGAUUGAUUCUGGAAGAUUUAUGACUGUAAUAGAUGUCAAGAAAGAGUGGGAAAUUAGAGGAAUUUUUGUCACCAUAAGGAAGAAGCUAGAAGACUGGAUGUACAAUGUCAAAGUGGACAAAUAUAAACCAUCCAAAAACAAGAUUUCAAAGCUUUGCUACCGCAUGGUAUUCACCAAUGCAUUUGAAUUUUUUGUUUACAUGGCUAUUCUACUUAACAUCUUUCCACUCAUACUGGAAUAUAUUCCCAACGUGAAUUUAGAACAUGAGACAGAGCUGCGAACAAUUAAUUAUAUUUUCUUUCUAGUGUACGUAGUACAGGCACUUAUGAAGGCCCUUGCUGUGCGGAAAGCCUAUAUCUUUGAUCACUGGAAUCAGUUUGAUGUAUUCAUUAUCACAUUAGCCACAGCUGAUAUUGUUAUAGACCAGUUAUUUGAACGCAGCGUGCACAAGAUUCGUACUGUCCGAAUCUUCAGAUUGGUGCGACUUGCUAGAGUACUCCGACUUUUAAAGAUAAUGUUACCAACCUUCAUACAUCUUCUCAAUAAGCAGAUCAACAGGCAGCUAAGCUUUGGAUAUGAUAUUGGAAAAGGAUAUGUAGUAGGAGAAGAGGAUGUUAGUAAUCUUAUUGAUCACAUUUCUGACCAAAGAGUGAUUUCUGAGCAACUGAGGAGUAUUGUCGAGCGGAAUCAUCAAGAAGCGAUUAAAGAGCUGGGUCUUUUGCAACGUGACCACCCAGAGAUAGCAAUAUCAGUAAAGACCAGACAAGCAGUCCGAACUGUGCUUAACAGUGCCCGGGACACAAUUCAUGCUUUAAUGGCUGGAGGUCUUCUUGAUGAUGCAGAAGCAUUAAAAUUAGAAACGAUGAUUGAAGUAAAGAUGAAGCGUCUUCUGAAAUUUCCCCCUUCCAUACAACCUCCAACUGCGGAAGAAUUGUUAAAAAAUUUACCAUGGCUGCAAAAUUCAGAGAAACAGAUUGAAUUCAUCAAGCUACAUGGUGUCAAACCAUCACUUGGAACCAGCAGUAAAGGCCUCGAUAUAGAUGAUGAUGAUGAUGAAUUGGCAUCAGACAAAACCAGACCCUCCUUCACUGAUUACAGGAGCAGUGGUGCGAUUAUUGGAGAACUAAAUUGUCUAACUCAGCAAAGAAUGGAAGUAACAGUUACCUGUGAAACUGUAGCACAGACUUGUUACAUCUCAAUUGAUGACCUCUUUGAAGCUUUUGACGUCUUUUCUGAAUUUCCUUCUCUUGAGUAUAAAAUCUGGCUAGCACUAGGGAUUCGCAUUGCGAUUACAAUCAUGAUGGAAGAUAUAUCAUAUCAGGGCUGGUCAUAUAACAGCAUCUGUGCUUAUCUGGCUCGCUCCUAUGUGGUGGAUAUAGAAAAGAACAACAGAUUUGAUCUUUAUGAUGGGACAGUAGAGGAUGCAUUUCUUGUUUAUGGAAGUGCUGAGGAUGUACAGUCGCAGCGACAAUAUGAUGCUCCCUGUUAUAUUUCAAAAACUACACACCAGGUAUUGGGAUUAGCUAAUAUAAAUAAAAUACUGCUUGUUGGUCCAAACAUAAAACAAUUAGAAGAAUGCAAUGGUGGACCAUGCCUUCGGCAUCCACAGUCCCGGAAACCUGGGACAAAGGGAAGUCGUUUAGAAACCUAUAGUGCCAGUCAAGUAGAACUCUACAAUAUGGAAGGCACUAACAAACUGACCGGACAACCAUCAAUGCUGUUUCGCUCAUUGACUCCAUCUGCCCGAAUGGAAGGCCGUCUUCAAGCUUCUACAUCAAUUGCUAAUGUGAAAAAGUUGUUUUGA